AGUCGGGAAGUCCGCUCAAUGUAUGCUCGAUUUCUGUUUACGUAGACUAUUAGGCAUGACUCUUAAAUAAUAUACUUUAUCGUCGACAAAAUAAAAGGAUUGAAAACAACCGAAUUUACAGAUCUGGACAAUCACUUGUGGUGUAUUGAUUAAGACCUGGACACGUUGUGAAAACACGACUUCAGCAGAUUGCUAAAGUGUGACGCUGCUUUUGUUUGUGAAAUAUGAUUGGUUAUCAAAAUGAAGACAUCAUCAUACGCUGGCCGUCUUUUUCUCAUUCAUCUUUACUUUACAGUGAUCUAUGCAAUCCCUGCUCCUGUCAACUUUACAAUAUGGUCGCACAACUUCAGACACAUUUUACACUGGAAUUCUGGGAUAAAUUCUCCUCCACAGACCGUUUUCAAUUUAAAACAAAGAUGUGGAGACAGAAAGCAAACAGAGCAUUUGAACAUCAGAAAUACAACUAUGGAUGUCUCUGAAGCAUGUGAAGACAUCUAUACACCCUGCACUUUCUUCAUUUGGGCAUCACUUGACAAUAUGAAUUCAUCAGUAAUUGAAAAAAGAUUAACACCAUAUGAAGACACAAUCAUAGGUCCACCAGUUAUAUUUUUGUCUGGCUGUGGAGACUGUUUGAAUAUCAGCAUCUCUCUACCCAAUGAAUCAAGGAAAAAAGAUCAACUGCGCCAGUUUUAUAAUUCUGUGUCCUUCAGUAUAAGUUGGAAGAAACAUGGAAACAAUGAGGUCAGACAGAUCUCCAUACCAAGUAAACAGUAUGUCCUGGAGAAUCUUCAGCCUGGUGUUCAGUACUGCGUUAGAGUACUUCCACAAAUCAAUUCCAACCAAAACACUCAACCUUCUGCUUGGCAAUGUGAAUACACUAGUAAAGAGGAGGCACAAAGAGUGUUAUAUUUAAUGAGCUGGUCACUAGGAGCGACAUUGUCAGGUUCAUGUGUGAUGAUGUUGGCAUGGAUUCUGGCUUACACAGGAUUUCUAUGCAAGCCCAAGAACCCUCCUCUCAAAUCACUGAGUAACAUUGUUCCAGCCACCUAUCUGAUUCCAGAACAGACGUUGUCUGAAAGUGUGUUAUUAACUGAGGUUCAGUUAAUUCAUUCAUCCUAUGAUACUACCAAAAACAACAGUCAACUGAAAGUGAAGGAGGAUUCAGAAGAAAAGGAAUAUGAAGACAGUGUCCUCAAGGAAGACACUGAGGAUGAGGAAGACUGUAAUGAUGAAGACGAAGUCAAAUGUGUCUACAUGAGUUGUGAAAUUGACAACAUUGGUUGGAAAAAUAAUAGUACAGAGGAGGAUACAGUUUCAGGUUUGCCAUUUUCUACGAGUUCAAGGGUCUGCUACACAAAGGAAGCAGCCAUGAAAAAGACCCAAUAUGAUGAAGUGAAGAGUGAAAAGGAAUUAUUAUCAGAGGUCUUCGAAGAGGGACAUGAACAUCUUGAAGUGAAAAAUACUGAGUUAAAAACCGAGGGAAAUAAGAAGGGUUCAGCAAAUACCUCAGGGAACAUCAACCUAUUUUCAGUCACUUUGAGGACUUUUGGACCAGAAGAUGACUUGGAUAAGGAAGAUGUGUGUAAACCUCUGCUAUCUAAAUUGAUUUUAAAAACAGACAAACGGACAGAAGAGCUCUUACCUGUAUCUAACAAGAUAUCUAUACCCAUAAAGACAGACAUGGAAACAGAUGAUCUGAUUCAUUCGGACUGCCAAAAUGAUCUCAUUCACGUGUGCUCUUCGGCUCAGAAUAUAAAAACCAAGCCUGACACAUCGUCUGGAUAUAUGGCGACCCAUAUAGGAGAUAUACAUGAGCAAAAUAGAGCCUUAUUAGAGGAGACAAAUUGUGACACAAGCUAUAUAACACGGUAAAGACAACAAUAUUUAUUUAAAGACUUGGAACAUGUUCGAAAUUCAGGCGAACUUGAAGUUGCCAAUGGCUUUGUUAUAAUUAAGAUCAUAAGAACUUUGUUUUUUUUUUUAUAACUUUGAUUAUAAUUGUUAUAAGUUUGUUUAGUGCCACAAUCCCAGAAUAGUAGAGCUUACAAUUUCAUUAGAGUAAAUGUAUUGUACACUGUAAAACCCAAGAGUCCACUUUUUCAAAUGAAUUGAGUGUCGUUAACUCAAAAUUUACUGAAGGUUAAUUCUACUCAUUUGAAAAGAGAUUUGAACUUAGUUUUGAAAGUAAUGAGUUAAUUAAAUACCUCAUUACUUCAACUCAAAUGAAUUUAGUUUCCAGUACUCUUAUGGAGUACUCUCCAGUACUCGUACUUUUAUGGCUCAUUUCUACUGACUGGUUUGAUAUGGUACGGUACGGUUCGGUUUGGUACGGGUCACCUUUAUCAGUCUUGCGUUUCCACUAAUAAGGGUACCCUUUUGGUGGGCGUGGUGUAUGACACAAAGUUUUAGUCGCGCUCAAGGAAAUGUCUACAGUAAAGCUGUAGGGGUCACUCACAUAUCAUAUGAUAAGCUCUUCUCACAAAACAGAUGCUUUACACAUAAAUACUUGUGUAGAAAUGUUUAUUACUAACUUUUCUAUGAACAUGAGUUAAUUAUAACUGCAGAUCAAUGACAGUGCGAACCAGCCUACUGUAACGUCUGUAAUUAUAUUAACUAAAUAAAUGAACAUAUAUAAACACAUACAGCCCCUUACAGUCUCCGAUAUGUUCCCAACUACAGAAGAACUACAAAACAGCAGACAUUUCGUCCGUAUUUAGGUUCAAAAACACAAAAUAUAGCCCACAGUCAGUGAAAACCUCUCAUCUGUGUCUGUAAUCUUCAGCAGCACAUGUAGCCUCUGUUAGACAGUAAUUCCGUCAUUCCCGGUUUAUAUUGGUCCAAAAUGUGAAGAUAAUAGUUAUACAUGGCAUUUUGUUCAUGUUUGCUUAAAAAUAAUGUUCUCCUUUUUUCCGGCUUCUCCUUUGUUUCUUCACGCUUCACUCUCGCGUUUGUCAGUGUCUGACAGGAUCGGGUUUCAAAAGCACGUCAAUAAUCAAGCGCAGGUUAUUAUCAUCAGCUCAAGAAGUUUGUUAUUUCAGAUAUAAUGUUAGACGCGCGAGCGCUAGCAAGAAAGCGAAACCGCUCACGCCUCAGACUGGCUCGUAAAAAACUACGCGGCACAGGGUAAAUCUGCUCUUCUUGGCGUUGUGGCUGUUCAUCAAGACAACAACAAGGUUUGUUUGAGCCCGGAUCGACCAUGGCUCGUUAUUAUAUGCAUUUAUAAUUCCGCUAUAAUCUCUCGCUGUGUUUUUCAAACAUGGCGGGUUUUUUGUUUUCAUUCUGGCUUGUUGCUUAAGCGAAUGGCGUAUCUCUGUAAACCAAUAGCGUUCAGCUGCGCGUGUGGCUCCACCUUUUGGUACACUUUCUCGUGUUUGGUAACCUUUCGAAAGGGUGCCGGAAAAGUGGUACGGUACGGUUCGGUUCGGUACACUUUUUGACAGUGGAAACGGCCAUAAAAGCGUAUCAAACCGAACCGUACCACUCAGUGGAAACGGGCCAUUACUCAGUUGAUUUGAGUUCUCUUCAUUUAUUGGGUUUUACUGUGCUCAAAUUGCUUCGUUCACGCAAAUGGAUUAAGUUCACAGUACUCUUUACGAUUUGUUUUUGAUCUUAAAUUGUUUGUUGCAAUCGGUUUCCUCAAAUGGUUUGAGUUACCUUAACUUUUCGGGUUUUACAGUGUAGGUUUUUGUUGAUCAAUGUGUAAAAUAAUUAGAAUUUUAAGAUGACAGAUGCUGAAACUGGGAACACUGCCAAUGCAUUAAUUUAGGGGGCUGUGUUUUCUGAAAACUCAGAAGCUAAAUGUACAUUGUGGGGAGACUGGCCACCUUCAAUGAGAAGCUGGUGGACGAGUCAGUCUAUGAGACAGCUUAACAGCUUAAAGAGUAGCAAGUGCAUCUGCUGCCACAUUAGUGAAUCUCUGCUGUGUGGUACAAUGCUUAUUUAAGCAUAGCAUCAAAUGAGAAAAUACUAAUAUAUUGUAAAAGAUUGGCGAAGAAUAAUCUUACUUACAGUGCAUCCGGAAAGUAUUCAUAGCGCUUCACUUUUCCACAUUUUUUUAUUGUUAUUCCAAAAUGGAUUAAAUUCAUUUAUUUCCUCAAUUCAAUCCCCCAUAAUGACAAUAUGAAAUAAGAGUUUUUGAAAUUGUUGCAAAUUUAUUAAAAAAAUUAAAAAGCUGAAAAAUCACACGUACAGAAGUAUUCACGGCCUUUGCUGAAGCUCUAAAUUGAGCUCAGCUACAUUCUGUUUCCACUGAUCAUUCUUGAGAUGUUUCAGCAACUUAAUUGGAGUUCACCUGUGGUGUGUUCAGUUGAUUGGACAUGAUUUGAAAAGGCACACACCUGUCUAUAUACGGUCCCAGGGUUGACAGUGCAUGUCAAAGCACAAACCAAGCAUGAAGCCAAAGGAAUUGUCUGUAGACCUCCGAGACAGGAUUGUCUCAAGGCACAAGGCUGGAGAAGGUUACAGAAAAAUGGUGAAGCGUGGUGGUGGCAGCAUCAUGCUGUGGAGAUGUUUUUCAGCAGCAGGAACUGGAAGACUAGUCAGGAUAGAGGGAAAGGUGAAUGCAGCAAUGUACAGAGACAUCCUGAAUGAAAACCUGCUUCAGAGUGCACUUGACCUCAGACUGGGGUGACGGUUCAUUUUCCAGCAGGACAAUGAUCCAAAGCACACCGCCAAAAUAUCAAUGGAGUGGCUUCACAACAACUCGGUCAAUGUCCUUGAGUGGCCCAGCCAGAGCCCAGACCUAAAUCCUAUUGAAUAUCUCUGGAGAGAUCGGAAAUGUGGCUGGACACCGUCGCUUCCCAUCAAACCUGAUAGACCUUGAGAGGUACUGCAAAGAGGAAUGGGCAAAAAUUCCCAAAGACAGGUGUGCCAAGCUUGUGGCAUCAUAUUCAAAAAGACUUGAGGCUGGAAUUGCUGCCAAAGGUGCAUCAACAAAGGUUGUGAAUACUUAUCUACAUGCGAUUUUUCAGGUUUUUUUAUUUUUAAUACAUCUGCAACAAUUUUCAAAAAAUCUUUUUCACAUUGUCAUUAUGGGGUAUUGUGUGUAGAAUGUUUAGGAAAUAAAUGAAUUUAAUCCAUUUAGAAAAAGGCUGUAAUGUAAAAAAAAAUUUGGAAAAACUAAAGCGCUCUGAAUACUUUCCGGAAGCACUGUAUCUGUCAAAAAAAAGAUUUUUGGCCAAAUUUACAUUUAGAUGCUUACUCGGUGUGAUUGUUCCCGUGCUGUUCUUUAACUGAUAGCUGAAUGUGAAGAAAAUCAUAACAUUUAUACCUUUAUGAUGCAACCCUGUUGGAAUUUUGCCAAUACAUUGUAUAGAGAUAUUUUUGCAAUUUGUAACAUUUCUACUAGGGAUGCACCAAUACAUACUGGUGGAGCUCAUGUACUCCUGAAGUCACACCGAUACCAAAGACAGAUAACCAGCAAUGUCACUGACAGAACUUUUUCAGAACACACAGAGGCUCCAGCAGCAGAAAAACAACAUCAGGCUCAGCAGAGUGUAAAUAUUUAACAACUAAUAAUGGCUACUAAAGUUUGGUGACUUAUUUCAGUGCCACUUAAAUGCCAGAACAAAUGAUUGCUGUGAUAGGUGUGAAAGCACCCUAUGUCAUUAUUAUGGAAUCUCCUACUUUUCUACAUUAUCUAUAAACGGUCAAAAAAUAAACUGAUAAAAACCUUGACAA